CACCGCUUGCAUUCAUAUUUUUUUGUAUUCGUGCCAAACGACGAAUGGAAAGCACAAUAUUUAUUUACGUGUUAAAUUGUUGACAAAGUUAUCUAUAAGCGAACGCACGUAGACGACCCUUAAAAUUUAUGUGAGUUUAGCCAUCGUUUAAUGCGCCAACAAAACAGCAACAAGUGGUGUGACCACAAACAACAGCAGCAGCAACCUCAACAACCGCAGCAAAGCGAUCACCAAAAAUAAAUAAUAUAAAAAAAUGUCACGUCAUGAGAAGUCAAAGUCAACGGGCGGCGGCCUGCUGGAAAGCUGGUUCGGUCGUCCCUCCAAAUCGAAGGGCAGUGGGAACUACAACAGCAACAGUCUACCACAUGGAGUUGGACGACCCGUUUCCACAGAUAACGAUGGUGGGUUCAGUGUGGGUGAACUGGAGCGGCAUAUUCAUGAGUUGAGUGAGGCACAGGUGAAUGCCAAAUUCCUCGAAAUACUCGAGGAUAUGAAUAUACCCAAGGAUAAGCGAGAACCGCUGCUCAGUAAAUCAAUUGCGGAGCGUCAAAAAAUGAUUUUCAUGCAUAUGAAAGGUAAAAAUCCAGCGGAGCGUAGCGCGAAUUCUCGCUUCGAGAAGCCCAUCGACUACAUAGAAUAUCUGCAGAAUGGAGAGCACAGCGAACCUAAGGUUUAUCAAUGCGUGGAGUCGUUGCGUGUGGCGUUGACCAGUAAUACGAUAUCCUGGAUCAGGGAGUUUGGUGAGGCGGGCAUCGAACAGAUUGAGAAGCUCUUAACACGAGCUAAAAAGGAUCGCAGCUAUGGACGGAUUGAGUUUGAGGCGAUACGUUGCCUCAAGGCCAUCAUGAAUAAUACAUGGGGCUUGAAUGUCGUCCUGACACCGGAUCAGCAUAGUGUGGUGCUUCUAUUGGCCCAAUCGCUGGAUCCACGCAAGCCACAAACGAUGUGUGAAGCUAUCAAGUUGUUGGCCUCCUUUUGUCUGGUGUACGAGCGGAAUGGCUAUGAGAAGGUGUUGAGAGCCAUCACCACAAUAGCAGCCACGUCCUAUAAGGCGAGCGAGAGGUUUCGACCCAUUGUGGAUGCGCUGUUCGUAUCGGAUAGGGAGGAUCCAAAGCGUGAGCUGGUCUGUCACAGUCUCAUCUUUAUUAAUACGCUAACGAGUACGCCGACGGAUCUCAAUUUCCGUCUGCAUCUGCGUUGUGAGAUUAUGCGUAUGGGACUUUAUGAUCGGAUGGAUGAAUUCACUGACAUUGUAAAUAGCAGCAACAAUGAGGCACUGCAGCAGCAUUUCAAGAUCUUUAAGGAUAUACGCGACGAUGACUUUGAGUUGUUUGUGCAGAACUUUGAUAAUGUCACCUUUAACAUGGAUGAUCCGCAGGAUUGUUUCGAUGUUUUAAAAAAUCUGGUGAUGGACACCGCCUCAGAGCCGUAUUUCCUAUCGAUAUUACAACAUCUGUUGUACAUUCGCGAUGAUUUCUACUUUCGUCCCGCCUACUAUCAACUGAUAGAGGAGUGCAUAGCGCAGAUUGUGUUCCACAAGGGAUAUUGCGAUCCGAACUUUGAGAAUCGCGAUUUCAACAUCGACACAUCGGUGCUCCUCGACGACAUUGUGGAGAAAGCAAAGGCCAAAGAGAUGCAGCGCUCGGAGGAGUAUGAGAAGAAGAUCGAGGCGCUUGAGAGUGCCAAACAAGAGGCGGAGGCCAAGGCGGCCCAUCUCGAGGAAAAGGUCAAGCUAAUGGAAGCCAACGGUGUGGCAGCGCCAUCACCCAAUAAAUUACCCAAAAUCAACAUACCCAUGCCACCGCCACCACCAGGGUCCGGAGGAGCCAUGCCACCGCCACCCCCACCUAUGCCAGGCAUGGCAGGACCACGACCGCCGCCACCACCACCCAUGCCCGGCAUGGCAGGCGGUCCAAGACCGCCACCACCGCCGCCAAUGCCCGGCAUGGGAGGUGGUCCGCCGCCACCUCCAAUGCCUGGGAUGAUACGACCUGGGGGACCGCCACCGCCGCCUAUGAUGAUGAUGCCUAUGGCUCCGGUGCUGCCGCACGGACUGAAGCCCAAAAAGAAGUGGGAUACCAAGACUCCCAUGAAGCGCGCCAACUGGAAGGCCAUUGUGCCGGCUAAAAUGUCAGAAAAUGCCUUCUGGGUAAAGUGCCAGGAGGAUAAACUAGCUUCCGAUGAUUUCCUGCAAGAACUCGCUAUCAAAUUCUCAUCGAAGCCCGUGAAGAAAGAGCAAAAGGAUUCGGUGGAUAAGCCAACUACGCUGACCAAGAAAAACAUUGACUUGCGCGUCUUGGACGGCAAAUCGGCACAGAAUCUGUCCAUUCUUCUGGGAGGCUCACUAAAGCAUCUGUCCUAUGAGCAAAUUAAGAUUUGUCUGCUGCGUUGUGAUACUGCCAUUCUUUCCUCCAACAUACUACAGAAUCUUAUUCAAUAUCUGCCGCCGCCAGAGCAGCUGAAGCGUCUCCAAGAGAUCAAGGCGAAGGGUGAACCGUUGCCACCAAUUGAACAGUUUGCGGCUACCAUAGGUGAAAUCAAACGCUUGUCGCCACGUCUGCAUAACCUCAACUUUAAGCUGACUUACGCAGACAUGGUGCAGGAUAUCAAGCCGGAUAUUGUGGCCGGGACAGCCGCCUGUGAGGAGAUACGCAACAGCGCAAAGUUCUCGAAGAUACUUGAGCUCAUUCUGCUGCUCGGAAACUAUAUGAACACUGGCUCCAAGAACGAAGCCGCCUUUGGCUUUGAGAUAUCCUAUUUGACCAAAUUGACAAACACCAAGGAUACUGAUAACAAGCAAACGCUGCUUCACUACUUGGUCGAUUUGGUGGAGAAGAGGUUUCCCGAUGCGCUCAAUUUCUACGAUGACUUGUCGCACGUUGACAAAGCAUCGCGAGUCAACAUGGAUGCCAUACAGAAGGCCAUGCGGCAAAUGAAUUCGGCAGUCAAGAAUCUGGAAACGGAUCUGCAGAAUAACAAAGUGCCGCAGUGCGAUGAUGACAAGUUCAGCGAAGUGAUGGGCAAGUUUGCCGUCGACUGUCGCCAGCAGGUCGAUGUGCUGGGCAAAAUGCAGGUGCAAAUGGAGAAGCUGUUCAAGGAUCUUAGCGAGUAUUAUGCCUUCGAUCCCAGUAAAUACACUAUGGAGGAGUUCUUUGGCGAUAUCAAGACUUUCAAGGAUGCCUUCCAAUCGGCGCACAACGAUAACGUCCGCGUACGCGAGGAGUUGGAGAAAAAACGACGCAUGCAGGAGGCUCGUGAGCAAUCGCAGCGUGAGCAAAUGGAGCGACAACAGCGCAAGAUGGCUGUGGUGGACAUGGAUGCCGCACAGGCGCAGGAGGGUGUCAUGGACAGUCUGCUAGAGGCUUUGCAUACGGGCUCAGUCUUUGGUCAAAGAACUCGUCAACCGCGUCGCCAACGACCUGCGGGUGCCGAACGUCGCGCCCAAUUGAGUCGAAGUCGUUCCCGGACGAGGGUCACCAAUGGCCAGCUAAUGACCCGAGAAAUGAUACUAAACGAGGUGCUGGGAUCGGCGUAGUAUGAAUAAACCAUGAGCACUUGGCUCCUGUGUACAUAUAUAAAUAGAUAUAUAGACAUCUAAGUGUUUAGACAUUAACAGUGGUAUCUGCAGCCUUGUUUAUAACAUCAUCAAUUGCUGUUAACAAAAGCUAUUUGAAGUCGAUUAAUUUAACAGCCGCAAAGUGCUAGACAAUCGGGAUAAUACCUACAUCUGAAAAUAUAUAUUUUUGAUAUACUACUUUUUGAAAUGAAUGCGCUUUCUUGCUACUGUAAAAUUUAGUUCAAAUACUAUUUGUUUUCGUUAUGCCUCUUUUUGAUUGCUUUUAAUAUUGUUUCAUGUCACUUUGUUUUCAGAGCACCAAAUGAACGAUCUUAAUGAUAGAAUUCCUUUUGUAUUUAAUAUGAUAUUAAGUCACAUAUUAAUUAAACUGCGUUAAUUGCUGCUUUUUCUUUUAACUUGUUUUCUACUACUUAUAAAUAUAUAUAAACGAUUAGUUAAUUCAUCUAUUUUCGGACAAUGAGCAUAUGUAUUUAAGUAAUUUUAUAAUAAUACUUAGUAUCGGUACGAAUUGAGCAAUUAAACCAUUUUUUGGAAAUCAAAACUCAUUAAAUAUGCAUGUAACUUUGUAACUUUAAUUUCGGAAUUAAAUUCCCAAUGCUGAAAAUUGUGAAAAUAAAAUCAUACAGUAUCUAAAUGAA